UUGGUCUAACCACCGAUGCCGGGGCAUUCGGGGAAAUUAAUUUUGACAAAGGCUAUUUAUGCCGCACCAGUACACAGAGAAGGAAGCUCAGCAGAAAUGGGGACUGCAGACUCCAGUGGCUUCUCCGCCUCAAAUGGCGUCUACUACAGCCAAUGGAAGACCCCAGACUUCCCCCAAAAUCCCCUACUCAGUUUCCCUUCCUUCCUUCUUUCUCUUCACCAAAACUCAGCCAAACCAGCCUUCAUUGAUGCCAGAACCGGCGACAAGAUCACGUACUCCGAGCUCCAACCCAUCAAAGACAGAAUUGCUAAAGCCCUCCAUUCGCUAGGCGUCAGGCAGGGCGACGUAGUCCUCAUCGUCUCCCCCAACUUCCUCUACUAUCCCCUUCUCAUGUUGGCCAUCAUGUCACUGGGAGCGGUAGUUUGCCCCAUCAAUCCCUUAUGCCUCAGAGAUGAAGUCGAAUCUCAGACCAAGGACUCCAACCCCAAACUCAUCUUCACAACCCUGGAGCUGAAACCAAAAUUUCAUGGCCUCCUGGCAAAGCCUCUCGUUCUACUGGAACCAUUCAUGGACGACCUGCUCCGGAGAUCACCGGACGUGAUCGGCAAGCCGCCGAGCGCCGCCAUCAACCAGGGCGACACGGCGAUGCUCGCGUACUCCUCGGGGACGACGGGGAAGAGCAAGGGGGUGAUGUGCUCUCACGGCAACCUCAUCGCCAUGGCCUGCAUGCUCAGGAGCGUGUGGAGCACCAAGCACGAGGGCGAUGAGGUCUACCUGUGCAUGCUGCCUCUGUUUCACAUGUAUGGGAUGUCCGUCUUCGUGAUCGGAGCUCUGUCCGCCGGAGUCUGCACGGUGAUAGCCCCAAGGUACGUGCUGGUAGACAUGCUGGACUGGGUAGAGAAAUACAGGGUCACAAGGCUGCCGGUGGUUCCCCUUAUGGUGGUUCAGCUGUUGAGGUCCCCGUCGGCCACAACUUACAGGCUGAGUUCCCUCAGGGAGGUAGCCUCAUCCGGUGCUUCACUAGCAAGAGAAUUCAUGGUGAGGUUCACUAAGUUGUACCCCCAUGUGAUCGUCACCCAGUGCUAUGGACUGACGGAGACAGGUGGACUGGUGUCACUGUGCGACGGGGUUGGAGGUAGAUUUCACCUAUCAAUAGGGAGGUUGGGGCCAUCAGUGGAAGCCAGGAUCGUUGAUGUAAUGACCGGAGAAUGGCUGCCGCCGGGAAGAAGCGGUGAACUCCGGCUGAAGGGACCGAUGACCACGCAAGGAUAUUUCAAGAACCAAGAGGCUACGGCCAACGCAAGGGACGAGGAAGGGUGGCUGCGGACUGGAGACGUAUGCAUCAUCGACAAGCGUGGCCUCGUCUAUAUUGUAGGAAGGAUAAAGGAGCUUAUCAAAUACAAAGCUUAUCAGGUUGCUCCUGUUGAGCUUGAGGAAAUCCUAAGCAACCACGAAGCUGUUGAGGAUUGUGCAGUAAUGCCCUACCCUGAUGAAGAAGCAGGAGAGAUCCCCACAGCUUGCGUAGUUAGAAAAGCUCUAACGAAUCUCCGGGAGGAAGAUAUCAUACUUUACAUGGCAAACAAGGUUUCCCCUUAUAAGAAGAUAAGGAAGGUGGUGUUUGUAGACCACAUCCCAAGGUCGCCGUCCGGGAAGAUUCUCAGGAGGCGGGUGAUGGCCUUGGCAUUUCCUCAGCCAACAGAAAUGACAUCAAGACUAUGAUUUAAACGGAAAAAGCGGAAGUUCCAUCAAGCCUUUGGCUGAUAAAUAUACCGUGCUUAUACGUCCAGUUGCAAUCCUUUCUGUGGAGCCAAUGUAGAACUCAUGAUCUAUCUUUUAUAGCAUUGUUGUUCUUUACUGUGAACUCAUAAAGGCCACAGCAGAUGGACUCGAGCGUGAGAAGGAAGCGAGAGUGAUGUUAACGGAGAAUAUGUUAUAAAGUUUAUGUGAUUGUCUUGUCUUAGAAUGCCAUCGAA